AUGGAAGUGAUCAACAAGAUGGUAACAAUAUUGCCAAAUAUGCAAGUAUUGAAGGUAGUAGAGGAAACCAAGGCAUUGAGAGGCAAACGUCCAGCGGAUGAAGAAAGCGAAAACUUGAACACGUUGCUCCACGAAACAGCGGCAUAUUUCAAGGAUACUCCCGCAUCGGCUCAAAAAGAUGAACACGUCAUUAAGCUUAAUCAAGAGUUGCAACCGUACAAGUUGACAAUAGCUGAAACAGUACAAAUAUUGAAUUUACGACCGUCCACCGCUGUUGAGGUUCAAUUGGUAGUUGAAGAAUGCGAAGAACGAAUAAGAACCGAGGAAGAACUUGAAGCUUUGGUGAAGAAGGCCGUUGACGAAUCGACGAGGCGCCGUUCUUGGACCAAUGAAAAUUUGGGUUUUGCCGAUUCGAAAGUUUUGACCGAAGGGAGACGUGAAGAGCUUUUUGAUGACAUGAACCAAAACGAAGAAGAAAGUCGUUGCUUUGGCAGCCAGAAGUUUGUCAGCACAAUACAUCAGUGUUUCAAUGCUUCGGAGAAACAAGAUAUCCCUGAACAAGCUCUCACA